GUAAUACACGGGUCAACUGAGAUUCUUCUCUAUAGAUAUUUCAAUUACCUCCAUAGCAAUGGCACUUACACACAUCCUCGGACAGAAAUAAGAGAGAGAGAGAGAGAUGGAUAUGAGAAGGGUCCACGUAAAUGCGUUGUUCUACUACCAGGGCUUGACGACGGAGAAGAAGCAGGAUGUCGAAAAAUUUUCGUGGCCAUGGACGCGGACAGGAGCGGCAGCAUAAGCAUCGCCGAGUUCAUGACCUUCCUGACGUUUGCUGGGUUACAAAGCGAAAACCUUGGUUGGCUUUUUGAAGAGCUAGACAAGGACAACAACGGCACUCUCGAUUUUGAAGAAGUGCUCACCUUCUUCUACAUCCUCAGCCGUGAAGAGUACAGAGAAAUAUUGAACUGCCGGGCAAGCACCGAUGCACCCCGUGGGCAGCCGAAACCUGGCGGUCGGAACUUGGUCAAAACCUUGGACCAGUUCAACAAGGUAUUGGAAGUGUUCAAGGCGGUAGGGGACGUGGUCCAGUUGGGGGCUUCGCUUGGAUGCACCAUUGUUUAGGAAAACUGCGAGCAUUGUCACCCGUUGGAGACUUUCUGUAUUGCCAUUUAGUGUAUUGUGCGUUUACUACUGGAAAUAAAGAAGCAUGUCGAUCUUUUCUUUUUC